AUGGUACAAAUAUCAUGUGUCUCCCUGGCAAAAGGCGCGUCUGCAUGGAUCGCCCUUGGCCUCGUCGCCACAACAUCAGCAACAUCUAGUUCAGGCUACAACUGUAGCCCUGGACAGCUCUGUUGGCCGUCCAACAAAGAAUGGGAGAGCCUCAACAGCAGUCUAUCUGGAAACCUAUACCGCACAGUUCCCUUUGCAGCAAGCUGCUAUUACAGCUCUCCGCAUUAUGACCCUUCAUCCUGUGCCGUCGUUGCCGAAAGCUACACAGAAAACCAACCGCGAACAACUGUAUACGGCGCAGCAUCAGGACUGAACUGGGAAUCAUGUCUGUCCAACACCUGUGCCCUCAAUUCUUCGAACCCGUCUCAGGUCCUUUCCAAUGAGUGUUACCUUGGCCGACUGGCGCCAUUGUAUGUCGAUGCUCAUGAAGCCAGUCACGUCGCCACCGCCGUGAAAUUCGCCCAGGCGCAUAAUCUCCGAGUCAGCAUUAAGAACACAGGACACGACUACUUUGGGCGCUCUACUAGCCCCAAUACCCUUGCAAUUUGGACCCACCACAUGAAAACUAUGAAGUACCACGAAGACUUCACUGCAUCCAAUUGCCCUUCCUCGAACGGGAAAAACAUCGGAGAGAUUGGAGCCGGUGCUCAGGCGGCGGACAUAUAUACCUAUUUCCAAAAGUUCAACAUGGAUGUGACUGGUGGCAAUGAAGGAUCGGUUGGCCUGGCUGGCGGUUUUGGUCAAGGAGGCGGCCACGGUGUCUUUGGUCCUUCAUAUGGUCUGAUGGCCGAUAAUGCGGUCGAGUUUGAUGUCGUGACUGCAGACGGCAAAUUCCGAACAAUCAAUCAAUGCAACGACCCCGAACUCUUCUGGGCUAUGCGAGGUGGUGGCGGAGGUGCUUUUGCUGUUUUAAUAAACUACCGCUUCCAACUCCAUACGGCGGUAAAGAUCAAUGUAUACUCAUUCCUGGCCGAAUUCAAGACACAGGGCAACGAAUCUACCAACUGGCCUGUGUUGGAACAGAUUCUCACAAAGCACGCAACUUACCAACCCGUUUGGUCUCACAAUAACGUCUCAGGGCAUGCUUACUACUGGCCAAACGAAGUUGCCCUUUACUUUGUUCUACCUUCGAACAACGUGACAGCUUUGGAGGACCUAACCAGUGAAUUUGCCUCCUUUGUGACGAGUCACACAGAGAUCACUGUCGGCGAGAGCAACUAUACCACCUAUGACACAUAUACCGACUACCUACAGCUUACCAAUGGAAUCGCCAGCAAGCUAUCACCGGGCGGGAUGUACGAAAUUCUUGCAAGUCGACUUGUACCAGAGUCAUUAUUUGAAACCAACCACUCGGUAACCGACUUGGUGGACGCCGUCGUCCAAGGACUUCGCAUCGGCGAAAGCGUGAUACCCGGUCCUACAACCCUAGUGCAAAUCAUCAUGACCACGCCUGUGAACCACCAAAAUGGCGCCGAGACAAGUGUCAAUCCAGCCUGGCGCUCGGCUCUGUGGCAUACUAUCAUGACCAGUGGAUGGACUGAAAACCUCCCCGUCGCAAAUGAGACAGCGUUGGUCGAAUCGUGGUUGGAUACUAUCGAGCCACUGAAAGAUUUGACGCCUGGUGGAGGAUGCUAUGUGAAUGAGGGCCACUACUUGGAACCGGAAUGGCAAGAGACCUUUUUUGGAACGAAUUAUGUAGGAUUGCUUGAGGCGAAGAAAAAAUAUGAUCCUACGCAUUUCUUCGACUGCUGGAAAUGUGUUGGUUGGGAGGGACCAUCUGAGUAA